AUGGAGAUCAUUCGAGACACCGCGUUCGGAAAGCUGGUGCGCCUCUUCUCACAUUUCCGAUGCCUGCAAUAUCCUGAAGAGCGCGAUUCAGCAAUAUGGCCUGAGUGCCUCAAGACUGAUUACUUGCCGAGAGAAGAGGAGCUUUCCACUCCAGUUGUCAACGAUGAAAAACCCGAGGAUCUCGAGACCUUUGGUCUCUAUACUGUUAUGUCACAGGCUUCCAGGCGGAUGUCAGGUGUUUCUACACUAAGGGAGAGUGGUAGGCCGCUUGUAAUCAGUUGGAGGGGAGCCGAUGACCCUGAGGACCCUCAAAAUUGGAGCACGGGAAAGAAGUUCUUUGUUAGCUGUCAAAUUUGGCUUCUUACUUUUGCUGUCUAUAUUGGCUCUGCUAUCUAUACCCCCGGUAUACCGGGCGUCUCGGAGCAGUUCGGAGUGAGCAGUGUAGCAGCGACGCUAGGUCUGACCCUUUUUGUCUUUGGCUACGGUCUAGGACCGAUGGUCUGGGCACCACUUUCGGAAAUUCCUAUGAUUGGCCGAAGCCCAACCUACGUACUGACACUGCUCUUCUUCGUGUUUUUCAACUUCGGCGUGAUAUAUGCCCACAACUUCGGCAUGCUAUUGGCUUUCCGCUUCCUUACUGGAUUCCUUGGAUCACCUGUUCUAGCAACGGGGGCUGCAUCUAUGGGGGAUAUGUGGAGCCCCAGAAGUCGAGAUUACAUGAUUGGUAUCUGGGGAAUGUUUGCCAUCUCCGCGCCAGUCCUGGGUCCUAUGCUGGGUGGAUUCGCCGCUUCUGCGGAGGGAUGGACGUGGACUAUCUGGCAGCUAGUCUGGGUGUCGGCAUUCGCUUUGGUCCUGUUAUUCUUUUGUCUGCCGGAGACCUUUGCGCCAAACAUCCUUGCUCGCCGAGCUCGUCGGGUUCGUCGUAUUACGGGCAAUUCUCAAUAUAUGUCCGAGUCAGAGAUUGAGAUUAGUGAAGUCAAGCCCAGGGAUGUCCUCUUCGAAGCUCUCAUCCGGCCGUUUCAACUAUGCUUCCUCGAACCAAUUGUCUUUAUCACUAAUCUGUACAUUUCUCUCAUUUAUGGAAUCCUAUACACUUGGUUUGAGGCUUUCCCGAUCGUCUUCCAGGAGCUCCGCGGCUUCAAUCCAGGUGAAGGUGGUAUGGCGUUCCUUGGAAUCCUCGUAUCAACCUGCUGUAUUGUCAUCCCAGCCUAUUUCUACUGGAAAUACCGCUGGCAGUCCAAGUACUUUGAUGCAGAUGGCAACAUCGCACCAGAGAUGCAAAUGCCUCCGGCCAUCGUGGGCGCCCUCGCCCUCCCUAUCUCUCUCUUUUGGUUUGGCUGGACAGGCAACUUUGCUAGUAUCCACUGGAUCGUCCCUAUCAUCGCAUCUAUGCUUUUCGCCGUUGGUGGAUGUUUGAUUUUCAACUGCAUCUUUUGUUAUCAGGCCCACGCUUAUCCUAAGUAUGCUGCUUCCGUCCUUGCAGGCAAUGAUUUCAUGCGCUCAUCAUUUGGUGCUGGAUUCCCACUUUUCGCAACAGCCAUGUUCCAUAACCUGGGUGUUGGAUGGGCUUGCACUCUGCUUGGCUGCUUGACUCUCCUAUUUGUGCCUUUCCCAUUCAUUCUCAUCUACCGAGGACGAAGAAUUCGGAUGGCGAGCAAAUACGCGCGACAUGAUAUUUAG